CGAGGUUCUUCACCAUCCUGCAAAGGAAAAGUGGCCGAGAAUCGGAGUCGGAGGGAAGGGAGAGGCUUUCCUCGCUCCACCUUUACCUUUCGCCUCUCCACCCCCCCUCCCCGCCCUCCCUCUCUCUCCAGGGCCGGGUCAGGUCGAGGUGUGUCGCGCAAGCGCCUGGGAGCCCCGGGAGGGGCGCUGCCGGCGCCGGGCUGCGCCUGUCUUCAAGCACCCGAUGCUGCUUUGCACAGAAGCGGCGGCGGUGGCGACUUUGGAAAGCAGCGCCCUGCCAGCUGGCGACAUGGGGAAGCUGCCUUCGCCCACGCCGCCGGAGCCGCAGCAGGAGCCGCAGCAGCGGCUCUUCCUCCUGCCCAGGCAAAAGUCGCUGGCCACCCCCUUGGUGCUCAACCCCUUCGUGCAAGAGACGCGUCUGGACGCCAAGGAAAAAACCUGGGUGUUCUUCUUGGGCCUUAUCCUCCUCCCUCUACGUGCUGCGUUCAUCGUACUCCUUCUGUUGCUGGCUUGGCCUUUUGUCCUCCUCGCAACAUCCUGCACCAAUGAAAAAGGCUCGGCGCCCCUCCGAGGAUGGAGAAGGAGAAUAUCCAAGAUCGGCCUCCACAUCUUCGGCCGAGCCUUGUUCUUCGCAAUGGGCUUCCAAGUCAAAGUCAAAGGGAAAGUCGCUAGUCCUCAAGAGGCGCCCAUCUUGGUGGUCGCUCCGCACUCGACCUUCUUCGACAGCAUCGUUUGUGCCGUGGCAGGCUUGCCCUCGGUGGUGUCCAAGGAAGAGAAUAUCUUUGUGCCCAUUUUUGGCAUUGAAUCUGGAGCCAUUCGAGUGCUGUUCUUGUAA